GUCUAUUGCUUUCUGUCAGUUAGUUAGUUGUCAAAUUGAAAAAUGGCAGCGGGACCGAUCGCCGAAAGGAAUCAAGAUGCAACGAUAUACGUGGGAGGUUUGGACGAUAGGGUUACUGAGAGUCUGCUAUGGGAACUCUUCGUUCAAGCUGGACCCGUCGUGAAUGUGCAUAUGCCAAAGGACCGUGUCACACAGACACAUCAAGGGUAUGGAUUUGUUGAAUUUAUGGGAGAAGAAGAUGCUGAUUAUGCUAUAAAGGUGAUGAAUAUGAUAAAGCUCUAUGGUAAACCUGUAAGAGUGAACAAGGCAUCAGCUCAUCAAAAGAAUCUUGACGUAGGAGCCAAUGUGUUUAUAGGAAACCUGGAUCCUGAAGUUGACGAGAAAUUGCUGUACGAUACAUUCUCUGCCUUUGGUGUUAUAUUACAAACACCCAAGGUGAUGAGAGAUCCAGACACAGGGAAUUCCAAAGCAUUUGCCUUCAUUAACUUCGCGUCAUUCGAAGCAUCUGAUGCCGCCAUUGAGGCCAUGAACAACCAGUAUUUGUGCAACAGACCAAUAUCUGUGUCUUACGCGUUCAAGAAAGACGUUAAAGGAGAGAGACACGGAUCUGCUGCUGAAAGAUUACUCGCAGCCCAGAACCCUCUAUCGCACGCGGACCGCCCUCACCAGCUGUUUGCGGACGCACCGCCGGCUAUGAUGGGUCCAGUGUUGAUGGCGCCGCCACCUCCUCCAACUCCACAGCCGAUGCCGCCGGGGCCCAUGAACGCGCGUCCACCGCCCCCGCUCCCAAUGGCCGCACCGCCCCCGCCACCAUCAUCUAUGCCGCCACCAGGCCCACCGCCCCCGCCUGGACCUCCACCACCGCCGCCGCCAUUCCAUCACUUCCCCCCACCACCGUUCGGCCCCCCCGGGUUUGGCCCUCCACCGCCGCCAGGGGCUCGUCCCCCGCCUCCCUGGAGACCCCCUCCGCCAUCCUUCAGGCCACAGUUCCCUCCCCGCGGACCGCCGCCAUUUGGACAUCCCCCCUUCCCCCCGCAUCACCCGCCUGAACCUAAUUAUAACUACUAGUUAAGAAGAAAACAAUAUAGGUUAAUUUUGCAAUCA